AGAUGCUACUAUAGAGAAUAUAAAUAAGGGCUGCUGCAAGUUUCAGCGACAUUCGACUGUAACUGGUUCAUCGAAAGCAACAGCAAAGAUACAACAUGGAUCUCAAAUUUCUUGGUAUUUUCCUUCUCUUGGCCGUAGCAGCUUAUGCUGCCCCUUCUAUGGAGGUUGAAGAGAGUGAAGACCCCGUUGAGGCUGAUGCUCUUGAAGAUGUAAUGGAAGAUGAUAGUGAAGAAGAUCUUGCGGCUGACUUUGAACUAGACGAGGAAGAUCCAAGACGCCGAAAAAGUAUGAAAAGACCUUACUUCUCCAAAGGGAAAUACUGUGUCUGCAGCAAGAAGCAAAAGAAAGGAGACGAGGCAGAGGUAACCGAAGAGGAUGUCGAGGACCAUAUUGAUGACGUUGCUGAGAAUGUCGAAAAUGCACUUGCUGAUCCAAGGAAACGUCGUCGACGCAGACCAAGCAAGAAGAACUGGAAAUUGGCCCUGAGGAAACUUGUGUCUCCAUUCUUCAGAGCUGAAACCCUUGGAUGCUACUGCACACGAAACAGAGCUGUUGUCAGAUUGUUGAACUACUUGCACCUGGCUCACUACAUCCACCUUAAGCAGAAGAAAGUCUUCAUCAAACACGUCAAAUAUUUGGUUGCUCAAGUCAAGAAGCAGAGGAGAGGCUGAGCUAAUAUGGCGGACAUUCAACUGACGCUUAUAGCUUCAUAUCCACUUUUUUAUUUGGAAUCACAAUCUUGAAUAGAUGAAUGGGCGCAUAGAUUAUGUUUUAACUCUUACGAGAUAUAAAAAGAUAUUUUGUGCUUAUAAACUAUUUAAGAUUUUGAUGCCGAAGGAUAUCUUUUGUAUGCACCAUAAUAUUGUAUAGAGUCUACAGAAACGAGUUGUUUUCUUGCCUUAUUUUCAACUGACGGAGAAUUGAUGUUGGAUAUAAAAUUCUUUAAUGGAAUGAGUAACUUUGUUUCGGGUACUUUUGGCAGUGUAAUAGAAAUUUUAUAGGAAUAUUCAAGCGAUUUUAGGAAAUCCAAGGAAACAGAUUUGAAAAACAGGAAGAUGUGUUGCCGCAACUGGAACAUGGAAAUCAAAGCAAUCUAUAUGUUUUACCGCAUUAUUUUUAUCAGUUCUUAUACGUUGCCCAUUAUUAAGAAAUAAUUCUUUUCAAGAACAGUACCGUCUUUGCAACACAAAAACCCCAACGAUGCGACUACUUCUAAGGCGGCAACAGAUUAUAGCGAGGGCUAUAGCGUGAGUCACGAUUUCACCACAGAUGGGGGCUUUGUUUAUAAAGAAUAAGAUUCCUUGAUAAAGUAUAGGAAGAAAACAGAAAGCUCUGUUCAAGAAACGUGAAGAUUUUGCUUUCCAAGUCUAAGGCCCUGUUUAUAUGGAGAAAAUAGCCCCGGCUACCUGAGGUUAUUUUCCAAGCUGAGAUAUCGGCAUCCUAUACAAAAGGUAUAAUUCUCAGUCAGAGGCGGAUUGGCAGCAAAUCUCUCGGGUUGCUAUAUACAGAAAAGGGGCCCGUACUACGUAUAAUGCAAGCAACAGGGGCGUUGUGGCUCCUAGGAAAGGGCCGGGAGAAACUUAUCAUAAGGGGCCCACUCUUGUGUAUGAUAUCUCAAAUCACAAACCCAAGUCGCCAAAAAUGAUAUGUACCUGGAAACCAUGCACCUUUGAAAUAUUAACAAGAUCCCAGUUUUUAUCAUUUUGAAAGGUUCAUCUGCUAUAUUUGUUGGGGUGUAGCCCCUUUGUGCUAAUCAUAGAUACUUUAAGACUGCAAAAAUGAGGAACAAAUUCAAUGCUGUAGUGCACAGUUUAUAUUAACAAAAACGCAAUAGAAGACAGAUAUGCACUGCGAGCAAAGCAAACAGAAAUUGUUUCGGCCACGCCCUUUAAAUUAGCUUGAAACACGACUCAGAAUGCUUUUUACGGUCGUUUACCUCGUUUUACAAAUUUUUAGGCAUACUUUGUUGCAUUUCGUUAAAAUUCAGUUCUUGAUCUAGAAUUCCUUGCUUUAAGAGGACCCCUAGACCUUGAGGCCCCUUGGACAGUUUGCCCCUCCUUGUCCCCGUCUCGGAAGCCCUGUUCAUAUUCCACGCAUCUCUUUCAAAGUUGCCUGUUUGUAAAUGUUUACCUCCUCUAAUUCUAAACUGUGAACUUGAGUCUACAUGUAAGUGAGGUGUUUUCUCACCAAAGAUUUUGUUAAUAUUAGAUAUUUUCCUGGGUUUUACAAACUCAUUCGAAAGGGGGCCACCGAGAAAUUUCCCGGUGUCCCGCCUGGCCACAACGCUCCUGGUAAGCAAUACUGAAAUGUUUUCUUUCUAAGGAUUUUAUCUUCAUUUCUGUGACUUGUAUUCUCUUGAACAUAGAUAUCUUUGAAAUCAAGAGAGUUAUUUUCUCGAAUUUAUCUACGGAGGGCCCGGUUAUUAUGAAGUAGAGAAGGCCCGGGUUGCGAUCGCAUCCUAGCAUCCAUGCCAGUCCGCCACUGUUCUCAGUUUACGUUUAUAUGAGUGUCGCAAAUAGUAUCACCCAGGUGAGGUUAUUUUUGACUGCUGAAAUCUCACCUGAGCGAGCCGAUAUAUCGGCUUGGUGAGGCUAUUUGUCUCAUACUAGAAAUAGCUCUUGCUAGUACUGCCCGCAAACAAUUAGUUCCUUGAUAAUGAUUGUUUUGAAAAUUUAGGUCAGGAUAUUCGAAGAAGACACCAUCUUGGGUUUUCACAAUUUUAUAAAAACAGCUGCUCUAGUUGAUGCUAAACUAUUCUUUUUAUCAAGAAUUUUUGGUGUUCAGUUUGCCUUUGAUUUAAGUCCAACGCCCUUUUGAAAAUCAUGAAGUUUUUCUAGGGUUUGACAUUUAUUUUUCGUUUUCGUGAAGCAAAGACGUAUGAAAAUGGACACGUGAUAGAACGGGUACAGCUAAAAUAGAUUGCGAUAAAGGAUUCGUACAGCGAUGUACAGGCGAUAAUCACGACAAUCAUAACUUUUGCUCGUACGGUGUCGAGUUUUUGGGAGAAAGGUGUGGCAUUCGACUGGUUUUGAUUCCCAAAACUUCAAAUCAAAACUUCCAUCCAUUGCGGAGAACCGAGCUGUGAUGCAGCACCGUUUUCGUGCAAAAAAAACCGAAGGCCUUUAACAGAGUCUUGGCAGAGCAACGCUCCGAAGAUAAUUCCCUUCCGCACAAAGAGGUGGCGGUUAAGCUUGGUUUCCACUAUGAGUUAACGUGAGUUAAUUUGAGAUAAUUUUGUGAUCUGACAUGGUUUAAAAAUUAUCUCAUAGUGGAAACGGUCAUUAAAAAUUAUCUCAUGAAAAUUAACUCGUGUUAACUCACGUUAUCUCAUGAGCUUGGAAACAAAAUUUUUUGAUUUCAAGCUCAUGAGUUAACUUGAGAUAACAUCUUAUCAAAAGAAGCCGAUGCGUGGGAGGGGAAUGUGCUAUAAUUUGCACUGAGGUUCUUACGCAACGCACUUGCACUGAGUAUUACUUUAGAUGUUGAAAACAGUUUUCUUUACUAAAAAAAAUUAAUUGUGAAAUAAGAGAAACAUUUUCUCAUUUCUAAGAUCCUGUUGCAAGUGGUCGUAUUCACCAAACGCAUAUCUUUUUUGGUAGACUCUCCGUACCGAAAACCUUGGCGCAGAUCGCGAACGGCACUUCUAGCAAAAAAUAUUUUCCUUCUAAGUAUUCUCAAAAGCAGAAGUAAAAUAAGUUGUUCUUGUAAGACGCCCGCCAUAGCUGCAAGACUCAAAUAAAAUGUGAUUUCUGAAAUUUCAAUACUUAAUUCUAUCUCAAGUGGAAACCGAAUCGGUGCAUGGGUUAAUUUUGAGAUAGCUCGCGUUAUCUCACGCUAUUUCACACUAUCUCAAGUUAACUUGAAUUUAGACCAUGAGUUAAUUUUCAAUUUAGCUCAGAAUUAUCUCACGUUAACCCAUAGUGGAAACCAAGCUUUAACGACCUCCUCGACAAAGCCGAUUGAUUGACAAUAAAAUUGAUUGACAGUUGUCAUGGCAGCAGAAAAGUGACAAAAUCUGCUGAAAAAGUGCUGACAUUAUGAACUGAAGCUUCCAUAUGCUACUUAUACGCGGGGCAGACUAUAAGCCCUUCACUCGCGCGCUAUCGCGCGCGAGUUGCGGGCAAUAAACGCAAACAAAAAUAGCCUCACUUCACCGACAAAAAAUUGCAGAUACUGCACAAGCGCAAAUCAUUAUUCUCUUGCAUGGCCCAAACCAAAUGGGCGGAGGAAGAAGCAAAUUCAGGCUCCAGGGCAACCGAAAAAAGGCCUUUUCGAUGGAGCACUGAAGUGAUGAAGGAACUCAUUGACAUUUUGCUGGAUUAUAAAAACAAAAGUAAAAGAAACACGCUAGUCAUUUUCAAAAGCUGUUAUCAGUCGUCAAAUUUGGCGCCAAAUUGAAAUUGCCCCGGCAAGCCCAGGCUAUUUUCCUCUCAUAUAAACAGAACCUGAAAAUAGCCUUACCAAAUGAUAGCAUCGAGUAGCCGAGGAACAACAAAGCCUAAGGAGACAUCUUUCGACUGUAUAGCAGAAGAUUUGAGUUCAGGCUGGCUUAAUUAUUUAUAUAAACUGAGGCUGGAUUGUUCUUGAUUUGUUCUAAUAUUACCAGGGUGUCAGCAACGAGGGGCAAAUCACUCUAUACAAAUCUCGUACACCUUUUGUGAAAAUUCUAUUGUUUUAUCGGAAAAUCCCCCAAAAUCCUUUUGUUUUAGGCAAAAUCUCGUACGCUUUUUGCAAGAGUGAAUCGCCCCUUGGUCAGCAAUGUAAUUGCUAGCUAUUUCACUCUAGGGAUGCGUUCAGGCCUCAUUUGCCAACAAAGUGGGUGAGGCAUCCUUGUUAUGUUAUGUUAUGCUAUGUUAUGUUAUCUUAUAGAAUCUACUAGAAUCUGAAUUUUUACUGCGUGACAAGUUUUAGGUACCAUGACAAUGAAAUGUCAUCUUGUAACCGCACCAAAGUCUGUUUUUGAUUCGCGUGAAAUACUUCACUACUCAAAUUUGAAUGAGCUUAUCUAAUCUCUUUUUUAAGAAGAAAGACACAAAUUCUAUAGACAAAUCCUAUUGGAUAAAGAGUAGAUAACGUGAAUAGGGAAGACAAUAAGAUACAGUCAAUAACCAACUAUAAAUAAGGGCUUUUAGUGCAACUGUUUUACUCGACGGUUUUCUAAGCAUCGUGAAACAUCGAAAGAAUCGACAUGGAUCUCAAAUUCGUUGGAAUUGUUCUUCUGCUUGCCGCAGCAGUUUACACUGCCCAUGUUGAAGAGGACAAGGAAGAAGACCCUGAAGCAGCAGCUUAUGGAGACUUCGACGAGGAGGAUGAGGUUGAUCAAGAAAAUAUUUCGGAACUUGCAAAAGAUGCAAAAAGGAAGGGACGUUGGGACCAAUUCUUUUCAGUCGGAGGAAGAUACUGCAGUUGCAAUAUGCCGGCUGCACUGGGAGACGAGCCAGAAGAAGUUCAAGAUGCAGGGUCUAAAAAGAAAUUUAAAACUUUUUUGGUCAAACUCAUUAGACCAUACUUCAAAUCUGUGAGUCUGAAAUGCCACUGCACUGCUAACCGCCGUGUUGUGAGGCUGUUGCAGUACCUACAUUCGGCCAAAGUCGCUGCAUUUAAAGCGAAGGUCGAAUUCGACAGAAACCUACGUGCCUUGAUCAAGGCUGUGCCAAGGCACAGUGGACGUUAAAGAGACAGAAUCAGUUCUGACCUUGGUUUUACCUUCUUAGCCUAACUGACCCAUUACUUAAAAGGACGUUAAGAGGGACUUUUUUCUCUAAGCUGUUUGUAUUUCUUGAACAGAUUUAUAGAUAGCAUGUUUUUAUUUAGCUUUUAUAUUA